AUGGCCGCGUCAACGGACCGAGACGAGGGCGCCUGUCCCGUCGACCACAAGACCCGCGACGCCUGGCUUGCCCAGGCCCGCGCCGCCCAGGCCAGCAGCCAAGCCGCCUCCUGCGCGGCCGACCGCGGCGCCGCGCCCGACACGCCCGGCCCCUCGUCCUCGUCGUCGUGGACGCGCGCCCUCGCCUCCCGCCUGCCCUGGUCGCCGUCGCCGCCCUCCCCCCCCCCCGCCAGCAGGGCCGCCCUCGACACCGACCGCGCGAUAUCCUCCAUCCCCAGAUCGCCCGCCCGCCCCGGCGACCCGGGCCCGCCCGCCCCGGCCAACCACCAGGUCGAGUCGGGCCCCGACCCCUCCGGCAACUGGGUCUACCCGUCCGAGAAGAUGUUCUUCGACGCCAUGAGGCGCAAGGGCCACGACGCCCGCGCGGCCGACAUGAAGACCGUGGUGCCUAUCCACAACGCCGUCAACGAGAGGGCCUGGCGGCUCAUCAAGGAGUGGGAGGCGCCGCAUCUGGCCGGCUCAAGGUGCGGCGGCCCCAAGCUCGAGUCCUUUGCCAACAGGAACGACCGGAUGACGCCGACGGCCCGCGUCAACAUCCUGCUCGGGUACACUGCGCCGUUUGAUCGCCACGACUGGGUCAUCGACCGGUGCGGCACGCGCGUCGACUAUGUCAUUGACUUCUACGCGGGGCGGCCGGGCGCCGACGCCAGGGCCGGGCCGAGCUUUUACUUGGACGUGCGGCCGAAGCUGAAUACGUGGGAGGGCGUCAAGAUGCGUGCCAUGAGGUGGGCAGGAUGGGCCUGA